UUUCCAGUUAUUGCGAGAGAAUACAAUCGCGUUUUAAUAUUCAAGGAGCCAGUAGAGGACAAAAUACUUCCAGGUCACGUGAUAAGGACGGAAAAAGUGCCAAAUGAGGGGAGCUGCCGUGUGAAGUGUUUCUUGGAGCCCAACUGUGUGUCUAUCAAUGUGGGUCCUGCUGACGACCAAGGACCGCGCAUCUGUGAGCUGAAUGAUUUAACAGAUGAAAAUCCAUUACAAACUGGCUUGGAGGAAAGGCCAGGCCACAUUCACUAUUCAGCUGAGGUAUCAGAUAUUUUUGCUGAUUAUCAAUUAUGCUUGUCAGUCUUAAAUGUUAUUCGCGAAACGGGAAUUCGCUUAAAUUAUUCUGGAUACAACUAAGACUGAUGGUAAUUCAUGGAAGAAAAGCAUUUUUGGUUAGCAACAAUUUCACUUAAUUAGACGUAAUCUAUUAAAACAAGAGAGAAUGAUCUAAGCUUAGCUCAUUCUCUCUUGAUUAAAACAAUAAUUGAUGGGAAAGAGAGCUUUUAAACGCUAAACGAGGGCCAUUUGCAAAUUCUCUGGGAACUAAUCACUAUUUAAUAACUAAUUAAUAAUUUUAUAUGGAGGAUCUGAUAAAAUAAAUUUCUUUCCAACAGAACAUUUGUCACCGUAACCCAUGCCCUGGAGAGAACUUCAUCUGUCAGGUGGGCUUCACAGCUAAACGCUACCAAUGUGUUUGCCGUGAUGGUUUUAAAGGAGAAAACUGCGACGAAGGUAUGACUCAUCAGGUUGACUUUGUUGUUUUGUAUGUCAGUAGCUUGUGUUAGCACAUUGUUUGACUCACAAUCCGGGCUGGUUCGGUCUCUUUACUUAAAGUGGUCAAUGUGCCAGGUUUUAGAGUAGUUAUUUUGGACUAAUCGCUUUAUGCGAAUUAUUAUAUGGCCCCAGCGUAUAGGUAGGGUUUUUAAGGUGGUCCAAUACUGACUGAAUUGUUAUUAUUAUUAUUAUUAUUAUUAUUAUUAUUGUUAUUAUUGUUAUUAUUAUUAUUAUUUGUAUUGCGCCUUUUCUAUAAAAUAUUCAAAAGCGCAUCACAAUAAUAAUUAAUAACUAAAUUUUACAAAUCUUUCUAUCAAAAUCUUAAAAAUAUUUACAUUUGAAUGAGUGAAAGAUAGUUACAAAUAUAUAUAGAUAAAGAUAUACUAAGAUAACCGAAAUGAUUCCUUAAAUAAAAAUGUCUUAAUUAAAGUCUUAAAAGAUUCUAAGUUCGUUGCUUCGCGCGCGGACCUUGGCAGCUUUUUCCAUAGGAAAGGAGCAGCUACCUGGAAAGCUCUGUCUUCCAUUGUUUUCUUGGUUUUCGCACUUUUGGCAUAGGGUGCAGGUGCCUUCCUGAAUUCCACCCUAAAAUGACGUGACAACUGUCAGCUGGUGGGCCAGUAUGCUCUGCGGAUCCCUUUUUUGCAACUUUUUGACUUCAAAUUCUUGAAGCCAUCUGGGAAAGCACCCGAAAAUGAAUGGCAUUUAAAUUUAUUGCAUACGCCUGCCUACUUACAUAUUAAAAUGCUACCGUUUGGGCUUUAGAACAACCGAUCUUAUUCAAACCGGUUUUAAUUGUUAAAGCUUUAUAUCAGUUUUUGCAUUUUUUUCUCUUAAUUUGUCCUCGCAGAAAUAAAUAAAUGCAUCCUUGACACAGGAUGUGGAGGUGGGUCAGUUAUACUUAUAUGAAUUUUAUUAGAGACUUAUUUUGCGUCAUAUUUUUCUCUAAGGUUCCCCCCUCCCCUCCUUUUUUUUUAAUUCUUAAUUUUGUCAGUUUGUGGAUUAAAAGUCUGCCUAUUGUUUCUAUAGUUUUUAAUCAUAGACCUAAUCAUUGUAAAAUGUGCCACUCCUUUUAAAUUUGAUCGGAAGAUUUUUCCUGUAAAAGCACUUUUUAAAAGCAACGGAAGUCACUGUCUACUUCUUCAUUAGAGACAUUUUCACUAUAAACAGAAACUACUUUAACGGACUGGAUGACCUUUGUGACCUUUUUGUUUCUUGUUGAAGAUCCGCGAUCGUUUGAUACUAAAUAAUGAGAUACAUUAUUACUAAAUGUGUCGAUGAAAAUUUCUUUCUUCUGAUUGGACAAAGUGGAGUACACCUAAACCCCAAAUUUACGCUCUUAAAGGACCAAAAACUAUGUUAUAUAAUGUUUCAAGACCUGAAGAGCUAAUGCGCAACAAAAUGCUGAAUUUGCCCUAAACAACUUAAAGAAAUUUAAAGGUAACUAAAAAUCCUCAAAAGCUCCCGUGGGUUUGACUAGGGAUAAACAGCUAAAAACAAUCUAGUGUAUGAACUGACUAAAUUUCAAACAGCAAAUUAAUCCGUUAGCAGUUUCAGAAUACCCACCAACAGUUUCAUCAGUAUCAAAGGCUCUAGAUGCAUCAACAGUAUCUUCAUCAGCUACUCAAUCGGCGGGUAGGUAUUUUCCUUAGGUUAGGAUUAGCUCAUCAGUAGAGAAAAUUGAAUACACUGAUACCGGUUUAGAGAAGUAAUGUUUUGAUUAUUAUACCUUAUUAUACGGCUAAAUUCGAGAGCGGACAAGAUGAAGCAAAUACUGUGUUCUGAUGGACCACCCGAGCGAGAAAGAAACUGCCCCUUGGUAUUUCAAGCGUCGGUCCCAAAAACACAGGUUCCCAUCAUUUGGGCCAUAUAUAGUAAAUCCUCUAUUUACAAUGCAUGAGGUCAAGAUGGCGGCUGGAGAUAGUUGGCCUUGUUUUCUUUUCUUCUCUUACUUUUUCUUUUCACCUUGACUUCGUCUUGGUCUAUAAAUUAAAGUCGCAAAGAAAUAGAAAAUAUUUUAUCAACAUUCAGCCAACAAGACACCUCAUACUUGCUGACCAUAAUCGCUUCCUACCAUCUGAUUCUUUUUUGUUUAUUUAUUUAUUUUAACCAACAACCAGUUUACCGAUAGCAAUUCUGACCAAGUCACUUACAAACUGGGCGAGGGAAAAACAAUGAGGAAAUAAGAAAUAUAAUACUCAAACAACUGGAAACAAUCUUAUUGUCAGUAUUCUCAUAUUAACAGAUGCAUCGUCAUCAGAAGCCACAGUGAUACCAACAGCAGUUUCCACAGCUUAUCCAGCGUCAACAAUUCAACCACCUCCACAGGGUAGGUAAUUUUCUGUGCCUUUUCUUAGACUUGUCUAUAUCUUAAUCUGUUUUUGUGUCUAGAGCGAAGCACGUAGACACUUUGUGAGAGCAUAGAAAAUUCUUUUAGGUACUUCAUAUAAUCUCAACUUAUGAGGUAACAGCCAUAUAUUUAUUUAAUUGACGUGUACAUUUAGUUCCUUAAUUAACGUCUUAAUUUUACUUUGCGUUAUUUUCCUCACUUACAUGUGUUGUCCGUGACUCACAUGAUGGGUGGCUCCUCCUAAAAUGUUCUGCAAUUGGUAUAGGAUUUAAUGGAGCCGAAACCAAUUGUGGAAUUGCAAGCAUUUUAGGCAUCCUACUGAUGAAAAGUUGCGACACGUAGCUAGGUAUAUAUUUUUUAGCAACCACUAUAAUUUGCAGUCUGUCCACUUUGAAUUACUAUGAGGUAUUCUUCGAGAAAAUUAAGCAAUGAGAAAGUUAUAACUACAGCUUGCAACUUUUGAAGGCAAAUUGCCUCUUCUUUCCAGGUUAUGAGUGGAAACGUGUUAUUAUUACGCAAAAAAUAUAUUUGAAAUCCCGCAAUUCUUUCAAACCAGGCUAGGGUAUCUGGGCAAAAAAGUUCACGCAUGCUCAUUGCGUUUUUCCGCCCUGAACACUAAUGAUGGACCCCCAGCACCUCUCUGGACCUAAAUCAUCGACCUCUUGGUGAACCUGGCCCAUGGACUACUCACGUGGACGACCCCUAAUUUUUGAAGAUAAUUUUUUACCAGAGGUCUAAAUGAAUUUUUAAGGAACCUUAAAUGGACGAAACUUUCUCAAUUUGUAUUAUCAGCUAUGAAGGCUCUUCAUGUUAUGCUCAUUUUUAUUUUUUUUAUUUAUUUAUUUAUCUCCUGAAUUUAUUUAUUUAUUCAUUUAUUUUUUGGAAUUUCAUACAUGUCUUGAGUUUGGUUUAGUCUGGAAGGAAAAACUACUUGAUGAGGACAUGAGGAGAACUAGGGACGUAUUCACUUACACAACUUUUUUCAGUGUGUCAUCGAGUUGCAUGAAGAUCGACACAAAAACGGCUGCGUAGGAGACUAGAAAGGAAAAGGUAGUGCAUGAUGAUUGAAUACCCACCCCAGACUUCCCUUCCCUUGCUAUCCUUUGGAUGGAGCAUUUAUUGGUUGGCAAACUUACGGAAUCCUGUUGACGAAUCAAACACAAAAUGACGUGCAGAUUAUCAAACAAUGCGAUUGGUCAGACGUAUUGCAAGUUUGCUUACACUUGCAGGUUACGUUGGUUCUGACAUGUAAAUCAGUUGCCAUUUAUUCAAGUCGAGAAUGUUGUCGUUACAAACUCACAGACAUAAUAGCUCUCUCCGUGCUCUCGUACGUGGCCGUUUUUGUUUCGAUUUUCACGCAAAGCGAAGACAAAAGAAAAGAGCUGCGUAGGAGACUACCUCCUCCCUAUCACUCCUCCUGUUCUAUUAAAAUAUGUGAUAGGGGGUCAUUUCACGUCGACGCCUUCCAGGGACGGAAAGGAAAUGUACAAAAAGCGUGAUGCACGUGCAGAGUUGUUGUUGCUGCUUUCUGACGUGGCCCUUGCUGUCGCCAUCGUAGUUUCGUAAGGUCCCUGUUUUUAUAAAAACUUACCACAGUUUCGUCCAUUUAUAAGGUUCCUAACAUUUGUUUAGACCUCUGCUAAAAUUGACUUAAACAAAUAAUAUUAGGAGUGGUCCACAGAAGUAGUUCAAGGACCCAGUCCACGAAGGGUCGGGUCCACUAGGUGCACAGUUGUGGUCCGUGUUCUGUAUUCGUCCCGUUAUAGAUGAUAAUUUGUUCAUUAGGUUCAGCACAUGAAAAUUUCGGCGUCUGAAUCAAAGCCGUUCUAACGUCGCUCCAAAGUCAGAAUUCCAGGCGGGGUUAGCCUGCAUGGAACAACGGCCGAGCUGUUCCAAACUGAAAUAGAAUUGAUGCAGACGCCGAACUUCUCGUAUACUAUCAAUCUAUAUAAUUAUUAGGCUUGGCGCAGGGAUGAAAAGUUCGGUGUCUUAACCUUGCCUAAGUUGCACUGAUUCUCAAGUCUUUUAGUUACCCAUUGUUCUGCGUGUUGGUAUAACAUUUACGUCAAUUCAGUUGGUUAUUUUAAAAUGAUAAUAAAAGGAGGAACGAGGAAUGGGGAACGGCCGAGGGGAACGGGAAAAUGAAGAAUGGGAACAAAACCUAACUUGGCCCCCUAGCCCUAUUAGCGACUUCAUUACCCAUUCUCUUUUUCGUUCCCAUUUCAUUACCCUUUCCUGGUUCUGCGUUUUAGUAACAUCGAUUAUUUUAACUAAUGUAAUGUCUUUGGUUAAAUUCCUUUAUAUAAUGUUUUUUAACUCAGCUUGUCAACAAGGGUGGAAUGGCAAUGGAACGUCGUGUUAUAAAUUGUUUACGUCACCUGAAUUGACUUGGGAAAACGCGCAAGAAGAAUGUAAACAAAUUGGUGGCAAUUUGGUUAAGAUUGAAUCUUCUCCUGAAGAAAAGUAUUUACUUGAAACGGCAUAUUCGCGUGCCAGCCGUUAUUACUGGAUUGGACUUUCUUACUCAGCCAAUGAUUCGGUCUGGAAGUGGGCUGACGGAACUAUAUGGGAUGGAUACCAGAACUGGUUUAGAGAUAACCGGCGAAACUUCACUCAUUGGAGUCCUUGCACAGUCAUGCGCAUAAUAAAAUGGCCAUCAUACUAUUACGUCAAGUGGUAUCUUCGUUCAUGCUCAACACGACAUGGAUACAUUUGCGAAAAGCCAUAA